CACACCUCGGGGCCGAGCUCCCGGGGGGCUUCGGCGCCGGCCGGGGGCGGCCGCAGGUCCCUCAGGUAAACAGAGCCAGCGAAGACCACCAGCGUGUGCCUCCGAGCGACCGAGAGCUUUCGCGAUCAACGAGUGAGGUGGAGGUGCUCAGGGCGCUGAAAUUUCUCUUUGAAUACCACAAGGCCCUGGACGAGAAGAUGAUUCUUUCAGAGGAGAAUAACCAGGAAAAGAUACUAACGGACAGGGUGCUUGAUGUACAUCAUGAGCAAGAAAACAUGCCAAGCGCCAAUGGAAAGAGACCCUCGGACGGCUUGGCGAAGGAGACAGAGCUCCAGGAAAUCAUACAGAGGCAGUUGCGGGAGCAGAGGCAGAUGGAGGAGCGCCUGGCAGCCCUCUCUGCCCACGUGAAACAUCUGGAGGAGGACCUGGACACGGCCAGGAAGGACCUCCUCCAGUCCAAGGACAGGAACAGAAAACUUGAGCGGGACGUCCGCGAAACAGAGGAUAAGAACCGCCAGUUGCAGGAGCGCCUGGAGCUGGUAGAGAAGCUGCAGCAGAGACUGCGGAGGGCAGAGACGCUGCCCGAGGUGGAGGCGGAGCAGGCGCAGAGGGUGGCCUCGCUCUCCAAGGACCAGCUGAUUCUAAACCUGGAACCCCUGAGAGCCGAAGUGGACCAGACGAGACUGCGAGGGGCUCCCUUCCACCACAGCCGACCCCACUUGGGCAGCGCCCCGGACCUCAGGUUCCCUGUGGCGGACCGGCCGGCAGACUCCUUGGGCAACGGGGCGGUGCUGUGGUGCCCCCAGAAAGGCCGGCUGGCAGCGUUGCACGAUGAGCCAUCCGAGGCAAGGACCCCGCCGCCCCCUUCCCAUCCCUGGUGGGCACCUUGUGAGGCACCUGCCCCCUCACACUGUGGUCCUGAGGUGCAGACCCCGAAGGAGCAGGACUGGGAGCGCACGCAGCAAGCCAGCAUGCUGGCCGAUGUGGCCCAGGCGUUUGAGAGUGACGAGGGCGUGUCUGACGACGAGGGCGACAGGGUCACCCUCUUCAGCUCGGCCACUCAGCUGUCGCCCAGCAGGCAGGCCAGUGCCAAGACUCUGACCGUGAUGAUGCAGGAGCAGCUGGACGCCAUCAACGAAGAGAUCCGAUUGAUCGAAGAAGAGAAGGAGAACACGGAGCAGCGGGCCGAGGAGACUGAGAGCAGGGAGGGCAGGGGGAGCUUAGGCAGCCUCCGUCGUUUUAAAUCAGUGAGCUCCCUCAACCUGCUUCCCACCUCCUCGCAUGCUGGCUCCUGCCCGCCCCUGCCCAAGGCCAGAAGGAGGCAGCAGAGCCUGGCGCAGGAGGGAGACCAGCUGGGCAUCAUGACUCUGGCAGGAUCUUUACCCCUAGCGCCACCUGGAAAGCCCCAGUGAAUGCUGACAACUAGAAACGCAGAACAUAAGGGCCGCUCCUAAGUUAAACUGGAAGAGCAGCAAGCACAGGUUGUAAAGAGGAAAACACACGAUGAGCGACAACAGCGAAAUAUCUGUGCCAUUCGGAAGAGGAGCCCGUCAGCCCUUGGAGGGACAGCUGGAACCAGAAUGAAAACCGAGGCCAUGGUCAGCAGUGCCCACCACACGGCCUGGGUGGCGUGGUGUCACUCACCGGGCUUCCUGCAUCCCCAGAGCUGCUGGCAGUAACAUCUCUGAGUGCCAGGCCGGGCAGCAUCCCCGAGUGAGCUCAGGCAUCACCGCUCUCCUUCCAGUGCUGCUCCGGGGCCCUCUGUGGGCGGCCACCCUCAUGCCCUGCCCUGCCACUUGCUGGGGCCCGGCUGUCCCCCUGGGAUCCUUUCAGCCCUUGAGCUUGGGUGUUCCCAGCCCUCUGCCACACCAGACUGGGACGCAACUCAGGACUUGGGCUUGAGAUAUCAAGGAGACCGUGAAUCUGGAAGGACACCACCCUGGGGCCUGUGAGAGAGCAGGAGAGCAAAGCCCCUACGGGGAGGAAGCAGAGCUGGGGAACGUGCACACAACCUCCACUGCCUCCUGCACAAGUGCCUUUUCUUUGUCUCUCCUUGACCUGAAACAAACGCCAGCUGCUGCUGCUCCGCAGGUGAUUCCUAAAGAUGCACCUCCUGCCAGAGCUAUUGUCCUGCUGCUCUGGGGCUGCCUGAGUGUGCUCAGGAGUACCAGACAAGUUAGGGCUGCCACACCUCAUACUGGAGGUGGGGGGCCUGAUACUGGGGAAGGGUCGGAGGUGGGGGGAGGGUCUGAGGGUGGGGGAGGGCCUGAUGCUGGACUAGGGCCGUGACGCUGGACUGGGAUCUGAUGCUGGACUGGGGUCUGAUGCUGGACCUAGGGUCUGAUGCUGAGGGAGGACCUGAUGCUGGACUAGGGUGCAUCAUUCGGGUCCCCGUCAAGGUUGCCCUCGGACACCCCGCCCUGUGACCGAUGGCGAGCCUCGACACCUGCACUUUGUUCCCACCCUCGGCCCGCUGCCCACGCCUCAGCAGCAGAGGGGCCCUGUCCCCGCAGAUGCUGAAGUGAUGGAGCCUCUUGUCUCCGGAGCCAAGGGAAUGAACACACCGUCGGGCGCCCUCUAGGGACACCUAUGCUUCCGCCUUCUGGCCUUUCCAUUGCAUCCGUCCGUUUCUCUUAAGAGAAUGUCCGUGGGAUGACACGGGCUCCCGUUACCAGCUCUGGUCUGUUCUCAGUGAGAGUACAGCUUACCCUCGGCACUCUUUAUUGGCCCUGGGAAAUUUUGCUUCAGUACUUGAUUGAAAGAAAGCAAUAAAUAAUACUGUGAUAAAAAUA